AUGCUCGGGACAUGGUGUUCAAAAGAUGCGGAAACCAGGAGAGGUUUAUCUGUGGAAAGGAUUCAGGUCCGACUGGCGGGCAACAGCCAGGGUGACAAGGCUGGUGGUGAUGGCCAUGUCGUGAUCAUGUGCCGGUCCGAUCACCGGGUCGAUGAGGAGGAGGUCCGCAAAGAGUUCUGGGAUCGAUGUGGCUGCCAGCACGGCCGCCCAAGGAGUGUCCGACCAGCCCCAGUUGUCGAUUGCGCCAACCGGCCCGGCCACACACAUGAGCAGCCGACUUCUCCAGCUGGAAGAGCCGCGGAUCCGGGCACUCGAGAGGCCGUAAUCCCCGGGGCGUUAAAUUUGGCCCUGGGUUGUGGAAUUGCGGGUCCGCUCACGCUGCAACGCCCUAGUAAGGGACAUACGCACCACCUUCCCCUUGACAAAGGAUCAAGCCGUUCCCCCAAGCUAGUGAUUCCACACAUCACUGACCAUGGGUCGCAUCUCACACCUCAAACGAUCCAAUCCCAACAAGCACCCGGGCUCUCCCAAGCUAUCAGCCUCGCCCCCACCCCCAUUGAAGCGAAAAUCCAGAUCAUCAACUCGAAAAAAGCACCCAAGCUCCCCUCCGCAAUCUCCCUUGCCCCCACCGCCUCCGCGAUCUCCCUUGCCCCCACCCCCCCAAGGGAACCAAAUCAGCUCAUCCGACAAAGGCGGAAUAGGUAUCUUGCAAAAAGAAGGAUGAAUAAAAGAGAGCAGGAAUCAGCCGAAACGGUCACCACUGCACCCCCUCCGUCUGGCAUCCACAUCAUCAAAGGGCACGUGAAGCCGAUCGAUCUAUUCCCCAAUAUCACAGCCGACCUCAUGAAACGAGUUGCUGCUUACAACGCACAGGUUGCUGCUCAUGAAGCGAAUCCGAAAACAGUCAAAAAGCCCUGGAAAACACAAAUAAUCGCUUGCAAUCCAACCGAUGCCGAAAAUACUAGCGCUUUGGAAUACGUCAAGGCAAACUUUGUUCAAGUUCAUGACGGUUAUACCAAAAUAUACAACGAAUCAACUAGUCAACUGAUUGCAAUUGUGCAAUACUUGCCCAUCGAAUCGAUGCCGAAUGGCCAAUUGGAUGAACUCAACUUCCUAACUUCAUUCCUUAAUCGUUGCAAGGAACUCGGAAAUGUGGGGGGGGUGAUGUGGGCGAUUGGGUGGCGCAAAGGGUACGAAGGCCUCGAAAUUAUUGGACGCUAUCGGAACAAAAAGGCCAUCGAAAAAAAUCCAACAGGCUACGAAGCACUCAUGUCGGAAUCCUCCAAGGCUGGCGAAAUACUCUGGAAACUAUUUCACAGCUUUGGAAACGUUGCUGUCGAGAAGAACAAGGCCUACAUGGACUGCCACGGCAUCCCCUUAAUUGCUGAUGUGAACUUUCCAAAAUCCGCAGAAGACAAGUCCCCGUACGGUUUUGCCUCCAACCUUGCAUACUCAGCAAACGGCUUUUACAAUCACCAUCACAAAGACACUGGUGAUGCCACUGACCUCCCGCUGGCGUUUGCCAUGAUCCUUCCAACCGCCAAAAAAACUGGACAGAUUGCGCCCCCAGGAUAUAAGGUUGAAAACGGGCAGUUUAUUUUUUGUGACAUCAAGGUAGCUCUAAAUUUCAGCCCUGCCUCUGUUUGUCUCAUGAUAUUCCGAGCUCAGGAGUAUGUUCAUGGAACCCUCAAGCCGACCAAGUCCAAAAACUGUACCAAAACUGGCAUCUCGCUUCAAGUUGCCACUAGGGCAAGUAAUGCUUGUCAGAACUACAUGAAUGGCGAGUAUGACGAUAGAGAUGAUAUGUAUUUUGGUGGCGUUUAUCAUCAUUUAGACAAAGAUAGCAACGAUCACAGUACCUAG